CUGUGCGGUGCGAGGGGCUGGGUGCCCGGGGCUUGGCCGCCCUCAGCCCCGGGGGGGUUUCUCCCGGCUGCAUCCCCCGGAGGAUGCGACCGUGGGGCGGCACAUGUUGGGGAUGAGCCUCCCGCUUCGUGGCGCCAGGAGCGGGAUCUCCCAAGUUGUGUCUUCGUCAAAGAGCUGGCCGGGCUGCCUGGAUGGGGUCAGUCACUCCCUGGUGUUGCUGAUCCAGCCCCCACGACGAUGCUCGGGGUCAGAAAUGUGUGUGAGCAGUGCUCUGCUACCGAAAACACUACAGGGAGCGGGUGUUUAAGCCCUCUGACCCUGCAGACUUGACCCUCCCGUGUGUCCCCGGGACGUCUCGGGGCAGAGCAUCCUUCUGCGCCUCUCCUCUGCCUUCUGUGGGACCGAAUUCCCGUCGCCCGCAGUGGGUUGUGCUGCAUGGCUGAAACCCUGGGCCCAGGACUCCAGAGACGUGUCUGCAAGCUGAUUCUGCAGGAGAUGAGUUCCCCGUUCCUUUAUCCUCAUUACCUCUUUUACAAAAGCAUGAAGCACGCUAAAAUCCCUGAUUGUAGCAACUCUGCCCAAACACCACGUGUGCCUCCGGGGCUGCCUCCGCUGCUGCUAAUGGUAUCCACACCAACAGAAACCUGGUUUUUCAGCCCAGAACCCAAAGCUGUGGGUUUUGCGAAGGGAGAAGCAGCUCAGAAACAAGAAAUGAAGCCAUCUGACCCCUGAGAGGGGGAAGCUGGGCAGCACGGCUCCUGGGGUCUGUCGGGGGGGAGGCAAUGCCGUUUCUCUCUUGCCAUGUGAAAAUCAAGACCAAGGCAUCGGAUCUUCUCAGAUCCCACAGGAAUCCGGCGGCUGGGGAGUCCCAUCCCCGUGUCCCCCCUCUGCCAGGACCCGCAGUCACCAUGGUGACAAGUGUCAGUGACGGCGUUUUGCCACGGACUGUGGUGACCUCGUUUUCUUUCCAGAAGAGCGACUCGGGCCAGCUGCCAGCGGCACAUGGGGUCCGGCGCGGGGGACUCCACCUCCCCGGGUCCAGAGCAAAGACUUUGGCCCCGUUACCCGGGGCCGGGCUGCGAUCCUGCUGCACUUGGCCCUUAGACCUUGCACUGCGGGUGGUUUGCUGGGUUGUAAACAACCUGCCCUGGGAAGGGGGCUCUGUCAAAGUCUCCAAAAACCGCAGCGGCUGCCCCGAGGACCACGCACUCUGCAGGCUCUGGAAUAAAGAGACCUUCGACUACCUCCUCGGGCACCUGGGCUCACCGGCAGCGAAGGAAAUGGGACUUUUCCUAAUUUCUGGCUACAACCUGUUUACGCAGCCGGUGCCGGACCCAUCUUGGAAGAACAUUGUCCUGGGAUUCAGGAACUUGACACCAAAAGAGCUCGAACUCUUCCCUGGUUACAGCUACGGGUGGUUCAACACGGCGCUGAUGCUGGAGGGCAGGAGGUACCUGCCGUGGCUCACCCAGAGGUUAAUGCAGAGAGGGGUGAAGUUUUUCCAGAAGAAGGUUGAAUCUUUCCAGGAGGUGUUUGCCCAGGGCGUGGACGUUGUAAUAAAUUGCACCGGGGUGCGUGCGGGGGAGCUGCAGCCUGACCCGGAGCUACAGCCCGGCCGUGGACAGGUCAUAAAGGUCCUGGCGCCGUGGGUGAAGCAUUUCAUCAUCACUCACGACAUCGGCUCUGGUAUCUACAACUCGCCGUACGUCAUCCCCGGGAGUGAGUUCACCGUCUUGGGAGGGAUCAAUCAACAUGGCAACUGGAACGAAGAAAACAACGCCCAGGAUCACAAAACCAUCUGGGAGAACUGCUGCAGGCUGCUCCCCGCUCUGCAGAAAGCAAAGAUCGUAGAGGAGUGGAGCGGCUUGAGACCGACGCGGCCCCGGGUUCGCCUGGAGCGGGAGACCCUCCGCCACGGGCAGUUCCAGGCAGAGGUGAUCCACAACUACGGCCACGGCGGGUUCGGGAUCACCAUCCACUGGGGCUGUGCCAUGGCAGCAGCCAGGCUCCUUGGGACCAUCCUCCAGGAGCAGCUGCUGGCGGGGCCGCCACAGCCCCGCCUUUGAGUUGCCUCCUCACCCCGGGAUUAUCGUGACAGUGGUAGCUCAGAAAUCACAGCAGAAAGAUGCCAAUAACACAGCGAUACACCUUGGCCAUCCUCCCACCAGCUCCAGCACUGCUUCCUAGCGUCCUGUUGUCAGGUUGCUGCCGUUCGCCAGAUGGUUUUGUUCCCUCCAGCCUGGCCUCACACAGCCUCCCUAAAGGAAGUGCUUUAAAAUACAGACUGAUUAUCUGUGGCAAAGUGCAACUUCUGUCCUGAGGAUCAGCCUGCAAAGGGCAGGCAGGGUUCAGCUGACAUCCUGGCAGUCCCACAGUUCAUCUGCGCAGUGUGACAGGGCCCGAAACUGAGCUGGUGCCACCUGAGGUCCUCACGGGCUGCUCCGACACCCAGCAUGAAAUUAGAUCCGCAAGCUUCCCCCAGGAGGCAAAAGCUCCUUAGUAGGAAGAAGCUCUGAAGCUCCCAGGGAAGUAACAACAGCUCCAAAAGCACGUGCUUCAGUUACAAUAGCUUUUCUUACGCUCGUGCCAGGGCAAAGCACGGGUCUCCAGCACCUGGUUAGUGUAUCUAGCAAUAGACAGCGGCCGUUGCCUAAAAUGGGCUUUCCAAAUGAUGUUUUUAGCAACAAAAGCAACAUGUUCCAGCCCUGCGUACUUGCCAGGCUCUAUAUAUAGCAGAGAGCAUACGCAAAAUAGCUGUUCUGGUCCCUAAAACUCCCAUGGGCCCUUCAGUUUCUCCUUUCCUCCAGCCGUGAGACGGGGCUGGAGCAGCAGCUCUGAGAGGAGCCGCCUCG